AAGAAAAUUUUAAUUAUUACAGGCAUUAUUUAUUAAUGUACUAUUGUACAGAUCGAUAAGUUUAAUAGUUAAAUAAUUAAUAAUAUCUUUUCUUUUAUAUCAAUUUUAAUCAAUGAUUAAUUUAUUGUUAUUUAUGCUAUUCAUGCAAUAUAUAUUUUAUAUAUAACUAUGUAAUCGUGAUUAAUUUGCAUUCUUUUUUUAUAAUAAUCAGCUUUGCAUUCUGAUCAUCAUUUAUGAUUUCUUGAAACUGUUAAUGAAAUAAUUUUCUUUUAUAUUGAAUAUUUAUGACGAGAAAAUUAGUUGAACUUUGUUUUUUCUAUAAUGAGUCUUUCAACCUAAAAUUUAAAUUAUCAAGUACAAAGGAUGUAAGGACAUGUUGUUAUAGAAUCUUUAUAUGAGAGGGUUAAAUUAGUAACUGAUUUAUUGAAAAUAUAAUGAAUUUAAAAGAAAGAAAAAAAAAAAAAAGAUACAAAGAAGUAUGAAUGUUACGGAAAAUUACAAACUAUGGGAAAUAUAAUUUAAGCGGCCAAUUAGUCAUUGAUACGUAAGAUUUAAAAAAAUAUAUUACAACAUGUUACGACAGCUUUCGCCAUACAUGAACUAUAAGUAAUCGACGAUUGUAUUAAUAGGCACUUUUUGGGUAACCAAAGAUUAUCUUCUACACCGUCUUGAAACAUUACAAUUGAAUCACGAAUAUGAAUAUAUGUAGUUGGCUGAUAUUGAAAAAUUCCCUUACAGGGAUUGCUAAUCAGGGAUCAUCGCAUAGAUUAAAAAUAUGCCCAAUUCUAUUAAAACAUUAAAAAAUAAAAUUAUUAGUAAAAUCGUACUAAGUUAAAGUUUCAAAGGAGGCGAAUAUGAACAACUAGUUUACCUCGAGAAUCAAACGUGCUUCGUCUUAGCAACGAUAGGAUUUUUUAAAAACCUUAGUGCAAAGAUAUCAAGUAAAUUCAAAACGUGCUCUUCCACGAAAGCCUUCGUGUAUCUGAUACGAGAAAAGGAAGAAUAAUGUGAUUUUAUAAUUUAAACUUUAGAAUAUUAAGGAUCUUUUUAAAUCUUUAAACGCUUACGUUUAUAUCGUCGAGAUACGACCAGAUGUAUAUUUUUGAUUUCACGUAAUACCACAUUAGUCGAUGAAUCAGUAAGUUCACACGGUACAUUCGAAAAUUAUUUCAACUUCUCGGCAGCUUUUUCAAAAAUCUAAUCUCAUUGAUUAUGAAAAAGACGAACAUUUAAGAUGAAGAUACAUGAAGAGAAUAUGUGAAUGUUGAUAUAAUUUAAGAACGUAUCUAAGAACGCUGUUGUAGAUGCAAACGCUUUUUAAUACGAAUUUUUAAUAUUUACUUGUUAAAAGCGACGCUGAGAAAUUUUUUAAUUACGCGUUAAAAUAUAAAAACGAAGCGUGCUUGCACAAAAGUGAUAAUAGAAAUUCUGUUUAAAAUAGUGUUUGCAUAGAUGUUUUAUCUCAGAAUUUCUUAUAAUGCAAUUUAAGUAUCCUGAAUAUCGAUGUCUAUCGAUGUCCGAUUUAUAGCUACUCUGUCUAACCGUCUAUUUGUUGAAUGUAUAUUAAAUAGUUGCAAGGAAAUCAUGUAAUAUUAAAUUAUUGUUACAAAUGACAAUGAUAUAUUAUAGUGAAUUUUUCUUGCGUCUUAAAUUUAAUAUGUAUAAUAUGGAUUUUAACGGAGACAUCGUAAAUUUGUUAUAUGAUAUGUGAUAGCCGUUGAAAUUUUUCCGAUACGAUUUCUAAUUUUUGUUCACAAGAACGCUGCCAUGUUAGCGUAAAUUCGUUUGAUUACGAUCUUUCGUUUAUUUAAACUUCAUUAAUCUAGAUUUACCGUUCGACAUAUUUUCUAAUUUAUUCAAUUCAAUUUUGCCAUAAUGCACUAGAUCACGCCAAUGGAGCGAGAAUCUUUUUUGUCGAGAAUCUUUUGCCCAGGAUCCCCACCCCCCCAAUGCGUGUAUUUUAUGUACAGUCUGUAUAUUAUGCGCAAAAUUUAGCGGAUCAAAGUCUCGAAUAGAUCAAGGACUUCGAGGAUUCGAAGUCUCAGAUCUGUCGAUAGUGAAUCGUUUGUUAGAAAUAUCUUCGAAUUUUAUAUAACGAAAAGCGCUGUUGUACUAGAUGCUUAGUCAGAUUUAAAUAAGUUCGAAUUUUAAUCUAUACACGUUCCUCCUACUCUUGGGUUACCUUACAAAGGGCAUGUUGUCGGUACAAUCAUGUUUUAUUAUUAUUAUUAUUAUGAGAUGUAAUAUUAUUAUUAUUAUUAUUAUUAUUAUUAUUACUAUUAUUACUAAACCACUUUAUUAUAUUAUAUAUUAUAUUAUAUUUCUCUAACGUUUGUAAUUAGUUCACAAUGCCCUUUUAUAUUAUCAAUCAAUAUUUAUUAAAAAAUAUUAUCCUUAAAAUAUUCAUACGAUGUACAUAUACGCACAUACACUAUCACAAAGUCUUAAGGUUCACUUAAACCUCCAUGUUCUCAGGGUUUCACUUUCUAAGAACCUGCUAGUUAAAAAUGUAAAGAAAGGAGGAAAAGAGAGUUGCGACGUAAUAUCAGUUGUGACGAAUCGUUAAUUUAAGAAAGGCAGGACAUUUUUAAUUGCACCUUUACCUUUCUUCGAGAUAAAGAUGAAUAUCAGGAGCAUACUUGCAAAGUAUUAUAUCUAUUAUACGAAUAUACACUGUACAUUUUUUACACAAAGUGUACAUUUUUUUUCUUUUGUUUGUUUCGUUUAAAUUUUCUCUCCUUUUUUUUUUUUUUUUUUUUUUUACUCCUUUUUCACUUAUCGAUAUAAACGAGUGCAGUCUGCGAAUACGGAGGUUUUAUACGGAGUUUUGAUAUUUUUUCUUUCUUUUUUUCUUUUUUUUUUUUUUUUUUCGACGCGAAAGAAAAUUUUUUUGAUUCUUUGUUUUCAUCAUUUCUCUCUCGCUCUCUUUCUUUCUAAUUAAUUAAGUGUGGAUGUAACGUGUGAUUUUAUAGUAAUUUGUGUGUGACUAUUUCAUAAUAUCCUCAGACGUGUAUCGGCAAAUGGAGAUAAAUGUGCAAACGAAACAGAUAGAAAUGAUCAGAGCAGGUACCAAAGUUUUUGUAAGACACUCGUACGAGUGAUAUAAUACUCUAAAUCCCUUAGAAUAAUUUUUCUUGCGUAUCAUUGAAAACUAAGGGUACAUAUAUGUAGAUUAAACUAACCGAUUCAACAGUAUUACAAUUCUAAUAAUAUUAUAUUCUAAACAUGAUCCUUUUUGUGCGAUCAGUAUUCUCUCUGCUCUUCGUUCGAUUACUCUCAUUCCUGUAAAAUUUAAGCCGUUUCGACGAUGUUGUUGAUAAUUUAUCUUAGUCUUAUAAUUUGUCUUUUUAAGUUAACACUUAAGAAAUUCCAUUGACGAUACACAUCUUUUCGAAAUACUGAUUAUUAUAUUAUUAUUUAUUGAUAAUCGAUUAAAUAUUCAAUUAAAUAUUCACUCAGUUUUUAUACGAUAAAAGAAAGAAAAAAAAAAAAGAUAGAACAUGAAAUGGGCGAAAAAUUGUAGCAAAGAAGCGAUAUAAAAGAAAAAGAAAAAAAAAAAAAAGAUUAUUUUGUGAGUAAAUUAAAUAUGAUCUUUGCUGUUUAUUCGAUUAUUUCAACCAUAAAAACGUACUAGGAUAUUACGAAUAACAGAGAUUUAAAUUAAAAAGUGAGAAAGAAAAAUUGUAAAUACGAAUAACGUGACUUUAAAAUAACUAUCGCACAUAAAUGUAUCUAAUAAUUAUUUAAUAUAUUGCAGAUAUAAAUGGUAUAUAUAUGUAUCUAUAUUUUCAUCGUUUUUGAAAUCCCUACAUUCAAAAUUCUUAUUAUUUGAAAUUUAAAAAACGAUUAUAUUAUCUUACAACAGGGUUAGACAUAUUGCGCAUGCGCAUUAUUGCCAGUUCAUCACGUCGAAUCUUAUUUAAUUGUAAUUAUUUAUAAUAACAUUUAAUUGUAAUAAUUUAAUUUUUAUUGUUUAAAAUAUUAUAAUUGUAAUCACAAAAAAUAUUGCGAAUAUACAUAUUAUAUCGUUAUUACGCAUUUUAAUUCUUCAAUUCAAAUCAAAUCAUCGAUUCGUGUUUUCCAUCAUCAUUUAUCAUUGCAACGAAUUACCAAAAAACGUUUUCAAAAUUAUACGUAUACAUUUAAUCCGAUAUGAUUUGAUUUAAAUGUGAACAAUACGAUACAUCUGUGACACGUUUAUGAUAAUGAAAAUAAUAAAAAAGUCUAUAAUAUAUAAAAUAUUUCACAAUUCCGAGAAAAAACGUUAACAUUGGCGGUAACAGCUGAUUUCAAAGGUAGACCUCUAGCGGCCAUCGCUAGAUUUAUUAAUAUACAAGAAAGAAGGAAGUCUAGAGAGGGGGAAAUAGAAAGAGAAGAGCGAGAUGGAUACACAGGCGCAGUCUUGCGGCAGAUUUCCGUAGGAGAGAAAGAUCAAUGGGUGGUCAGAGAGUAAGAUGGCGGACUGCGAAUCGGAGGUGCAGCGCUUGCCAGCCGCGAACGAAGACGUAACGAGAAACGCGAAUGUAACAAUGAUUACCAACGGACGCGUGCCUCAACAUCCGGUAAACCAAACAAAUCCUAUCGGACAAGGACCGAGACGCGUCACUAUUUACAAAACCGAAACUGGUUUUGGGUUCAAUGUACGCGGUCAGGUCAGCGAGGGUGGACAACUACGAAGCAUCAACGGAGAACUGUACGCGCCGCUUCAGCAUGUCAGCGCCGUAUUACCUCGAGGUGCUGCCGAAAAAGCCGGCGUACGAAAAGGCGAUCGUAUACUAGAAGUAAACAGCGUGAACGUCGAGGGAGCAACCCACAAACAGGUGGUGGAUUUGAUAAAGUCGGGGGGCGACGUGUUGACGUUGACUGUCAUCUCUGUCACGCCGCAAGAAGCGGAGAAGCUCGAACCGUUCGAAGACUUGAGUUAUGCAUCGGUGGACUACAGCGAAAAGCGAUCCCUGCCUAUCAGCGUGCCCGAUUACCACGUUCGUGAGAGGAAGCACGAACGUUACGUCGUUUUCAACGUUCACAUGGCAGGCAGACAUUUAUGCUCUCGACGCUACCGGGAAUUCGCCGCUUUGCACAUGGCCCUCAAGAAAGAAUUUAUCGGAUUCAACUUUCCCAAAUUACCGGGAAAAUGGCCAUUCCAAUUGAGCGAGCUGCAACUUGACGCGAGAAGGCGCGGUUUAGAACAAUAUUUGGAAAAGGUUUGUGCCGUGAGAGUAAUAGCCGAAAGCGAUAUCAUGCAAGAAUUCUUGGCCGAUAGACUCGAAGAAGAUGGUGAUCAAGGGCCAGCAGUCGAUUUAAAAGUACUCUUGCCGGAUCGCGAGGUUGUUACUGUUACAGUUGCUAAGGCCGCCUCCGUCAGUGACGUGUACGAUGCGGUGUGCAGUAGAGUGGGAUUGGACGCAGAAACGGCGAAAUACUUUUAUCUUUUCGAGAUCGUCGAGUACAAUUUCGAAAGGAAACUGCAACCCCAUGAACAUCCUCAUACUUUGUACGUUCAAAAUUACUCGACCGCCAGUGUGACGUGUUUAGCAAUAAGAAGGUGGCUUUUUAAUUUGAAUAGACCGCUCAGCGAGCAAGCGUUAACUUGGAUAUUCUGGCAAACGGUGGACGAAGUGAACAGGGGGCAUAUCACGGCGGGAGAAAGAUUAUACCAGUUAAAAGCGUUGCAAGACGCUUCGAGAAAGCACGAGUAUCUAAAAUUGGCGAGGGAAUUGAGCGGUUAUGGCGAUAUCGUGUUCCCUCACUGCGCAUGCGAUUCGCGAAAGGAAGGUCACGUGGUGCCCGCCGUAGGCGCACCGGCAUUUAAGCUUCACGCGGCGAAGGAGGACGGCACUUUGGAAUCUCAAGUUGUUGAAUUUCAAUGGAACACUAUUACGCGAUGGGAGGUGGAUGAGGAAGGGAUGGCGUUCUGCUUUCAAUAUACACGCCAGGAUAACCGUCCACCGCGCUGGCUCAAGCUUUUCACACCUUAUUACACGUUCCUGUCGGAUUGUUUCGAUCGAAUAGCCGAGGAAGGGAAAUGGGAUGAUCCAGGAGAAUGAAGAAACGUCGAAAGGAAAAAAGUAAAAAAAUAAAAAGCAUAUUCGGUGCAUAAUAGCAAAAAGGUAUCGAUCUUUCGUCGAGGUAUCAUUUCAUUUGUGCGAGGACUUUUUGAUCGGGAUUACUUUUUCACGGCGAUUUAAAAAUCAAUGAGACGCUCUGAUCGUAAUCUCGCUUUGUCCAGCCUCGCCGUCAACGAUGCAUCGUUACGUAUUAUUAUUAUUAUAUAACGUUGUUUUUAGUAUAAUGUUACAAAUACACAGUAAUCGAAAAUCAACAAUUUCUCUGUUCUAAAAGAAAUAGAAAUUAACGUGAAACUUGUCCAACUUGAUGAAACGCUAUUUAUCAGUAGUAGAUUAGAUUUUAUUUAAAGAGAUGCAAAUUACUUUUAACAGCUAAGAUUACGGCUAAGAUUAACUAUCGUUAACAUUAUCCUAAUCAUCUGUCUAGAUGAAAUCUAUUUUCUUGGCCUAUCGUUCACGUAGAGUGUAUUAAUUAAAAUCACGAUCGAGGAGAAUCACCGGAGUCGUUCCUUUUUUACUAGCCUAAUAAUAGUUAUCGCCAAUUUUCAUUAGAUCCCAAAUGCAAAUGUAUUCAACUUAACCAAGAAGUAUUAUCUUUCGAAUACGCACGUAAAUUUUUUUUUUUCUUUUCUUUUCCCCCCCUUUCUAAAAUCUUUCAACACUGUCCGUCUUCUUUCUUAUGUUAAACAAUUAUAUAUAUAUAUAUAUAUAUACACAUAGAUAUAUAUAUAUAUAUACAUAUUCAUAGUGAAAUAGGUUAUCGCAAUAUCCAUUUCAUGUUAUUCGUAUGGAAAAAAAAGAAAGAGAAAAAGGAAAAAAAAAAUAAGCGUAAUAGAGCAGAAUAGCACAGAUGCAUACUUUUUCCCGAAGCUAUAUUUUUACUAUUAAAGAUGCAGAAAUAUAAAGCAGAAUUGUUCUUUGAUCCGAUCUCGUCGUCGUAAUCGGUAGUAUGUACAAAUGGAUGGAUGUGCUAGAGGUGUGAAAUAAAUUGAGACGUUAAUUCAACUGUAAAAAAAAAAAAAAAGAACAAAAAAAAACCGUAGCUGUGUUUAGGACAAGAUUCAUCGUUGAAACGAAUUAACUUCAUUAUCCUCCAACGUUAUACGAAAAAUUCAUAGGAAAAAAAAAAAAAAAAAGAAAACACUAGAGUUCGCAAAAUUUGUAGGAAGAGUGACACAUCUAUCUAAAAUAUAAAUAAAAGACUUGUGGGAAACGAAUUAAUAGGAGAGAAGAAAGAAGAAGAAGAAGAAAAAAGAAACGCCAUAGCGAGAGAGAGAAAAAGAUAAUACUCAGUGACGUUGUUAAAGAAGAGAUACAGAUAAUAAUAUAAUAAUAAUAAUAAUAAUAAUAAUAAAAAAGAACGAAACAAUUAUAUAUAUAUAAUUUUAACGUCUUUAGGAUCGGUUAAGAACACUCGAUGAACUUUAAAAAAAAAAAGAAAAAGAAAAGAAAAGCAUCUCGGCCUGUUCGUCGUGUGUUUGACCGAAACUGGAAACAGCGAAUUCUUCGGAACGCCAAUCUAUCUUUUGGGAUGCGCAUUUACAUUGUCUCCGUGUUUUCUUCUCUUUUAUAUAUUUUUUUUUUUUAUCCACGUUUGCUUUCGAUAGCGAUCCAGCACUUCCGGGCGGUUCCGAACGGAUUCGCUCGUCUUCUCCAAGAAAUGAGAAAAGCCUCGGCAGAUAAUAAUUAUAUAGUGAUAGAGUGUAUAAUUAUCGUUAAUGUUUUUAAACUUUAUUCCAAGUGAAUUGUGCGCGUGAAUCUUUCGAGGCGAAAUCGGUUUAUCUUUAAAUCGGAAUCGAGGGGGGAAAGGCAACGUGUUACGUAAAUAGGAUUAAGCUCAAGUCCUUGAGUUGCUGUAAAAAUAACAAGAAUCUCCUUUGCGGUUACGAAGAGAUCUUUCGAUAAUCGAAGACGAAGGUUUUAAUCGAUAAUGUAGAAUCGAAGGAAUCAAGGAAUUAAUUCGACUCGAUUCGAUUUACACAGUAUUCGAAACAAUUUCGUUAUUUUUAUGCGAUUCAAGGCAUCGAACACCGAACUAUCCGAUCAGAUCAGAUGUGUAUAAACGAUGUCUGAGAUAUAGAUAUCUACUUAUAUAUAUAUAUAUAUAUAUAUAUUUGUUCCGUGUGAUCGAUUGUGAUCGUAACGGAAAUAUACAAAUGAGGAUGCUCGAUCCUCGUCAUCGAGUCCAUCUUGGGAACUGUGCAAAAUGAUUGAGCUUCGUUGAAAAGCUGUUAUUGAGAAAAAAAAAAAAAAAAGAAGAAAGAAAGAAAUUAUCUUGCAUUCGAAGAGAUGAGUGAACGAAGAUGGACCUUCGGUUUUUUUUUUUUUCUCUCUCGAGGCUCGUCGAUCGAAAAAAUUGUAUUCAUCCACGACGCUUCGAAGUUCCCUCCGACGACUUGAAGCAACUUUGUAACUUUGUAACUUCGCCAAUACGAUUAUCUUUUUCCUUCCUUUUUCUUUUUUGUACAAGUUAUUCGUAUAUCUAUAAGCAUAAGUUCUCGUAAAAAAUUUUCCAAAUUACUUACACGAUACUAAUAAUUGAUCGUAUUGAGCGAAAAAAAAUUUUUAUUGCUGGUUUAAGUUUUUUUUUUUUCUUUCCUCUUCCUAAUCGCCACACGAAUAAUAUCGAACAAGUAUUAAAAAAAAUGCCAUAGAUGAUAGACUCUCUCUGGCCGAAGGUCGAAUCAAUUCGCAGAAACGGCUGUAUUUCUCACGCCCUUUUGUGAUGUAUUAUCCCAUUAAACGAUGAAGUAAUUACAUAAUUAAUUAAUAAAAAAAAACUGAGAAUAAAACAGAGUUCGAGUUCUUUUUUUUUUUUUUCUUCUUCUUCUUCGGAGCCACCAUUGCUUUCUUUGGCGAAGUUAUGCGCAUGCGUAGAUCGAAUUAUACAAGUCCGAUAAUCGUAGAGAUAUUUUCCAGAACGAAAAUUAAAGGGAAUCAUUAAGCGAAACGAUAAAUUAUAAAUAUAUACGUCCAAAUUGUAUCCAAUUGUAUAAAUUGAUAUAGCUUUAUAUUAUAUAUAUAUAUAUAUAAGUUGUUAAAUUUUUAACUACUACGUUUGUUACCACUACUACACUUUAUUUAUCUUAUAUAUACGUCCGUUGUAACUAAAAAAAGAAAAAAAAAAACCGUCGAACGCAAAAAUUAACUGAUUUAUUAACCGAUACGAUUAUUUUAUAUCGUUGUAUAUCGGUAAUAUUUUUCUAUUUCAAAAAAUUGGAUAAGGAGAGAUGUAUUUGUUCGUUUCCAAGGAAGCGGAAGGUUAAUUAUUAAUUACUUCAUUGAUCAUCGCGUUGAGAAGAGAGAGAAGAGAGAGGGGGGAAGAGGAGAAAGAAAGAAAGAAAGAAAGGAAGAAAAGUCUGUUAAACCGGAGAACGAGUUAGAUAGUAUAAUUUAAUUAUUAUUGUUACAGUAUAAGACCAUAUCAUUAUAAUUAACACUUUUUAGGCGUUAAUUAAAAUUAAAACACUAUGUAUUAAUCGUAGCCCGUAAUAACAAAUGCUCCAAACAAUUUCAAUCAUGUAACUUAUCAGUUCGCGACUUUUCCUGUAAAAAAGAAAAAAAAAGAAAAAAAAAACUGGAUAUAUUUCGGUACACAGCGAAUUGAUAUUAUCGUUCGAUUUGUUUUCUCGGUGAUCAUCUUGUUAAGAUAACGGAAGAGAGAAAUAAUAAUAACAAUAAAAAGAGAAAAAGAAUAUUACAGAGAA